AUGCUAAUAACUAUUAAAUUCUUUGAGGGAAUUGCAUCUCAAUUCGAAACCCAAUUCAAUAACAAGGAUGAUGUCUAACUGUACAUCAAAGAACUGAAAUGUAAAGUGUAGAGAGUAUCGAGACAAACAUUGUAAUCAACUUAAAAGAUUAAAUAAAAAAGUCAAAAGAAACUGCUAAUUUUAUACAAACAAAUCAAAAAGAAGAUCAAAAUUUCAAUUAAGUUUUUCUAUAAUCUGGCUAAAAAUAAUCAUUAAGAAAAGAGAUCAUUCUAGAGAUCAAAGAAUAGAAGGUGA